AGGUCCAUUGUUCUUGUCGACAGAUUUUGCAUUUCACUUGAACAGAAUCUAGAAGAGAACAAGUGAAGAUGUAUGCACUUGUUUGUUUCCUUCUCGUAGUGUUUGCUUGGGAUGAAUCAUCAGCUGAACCUGAUGAAAGAGUCAAAAAGUUAGCAAGCAUCAUAGCAGCAAGAUAUGUAGCAGCAGAGGAAUACACUAACAAUCCAGUUUAUUACGCUGAGGGCGUGCCUGAAGACUUUGGUUAUCUUUUUCCUGAAAACGACAUCCCUCUGUUGUACCUGGAAAAAACUAAAGACAACAUCCUAAUCAGUCGUUCAAUAGCUUUACUCACCGUGGAUAAGGAAGGAAUGCUCAAAGCCGAACUAUACACGAUAAACAAAAAUUGGAAUGCUAGUGGAAAUUAUUCCCAAAUGAGAAAUUAUCACGUGCUGCACCAGCCUAAUUGUGACAAGAGGUUCUUCGCAAUUGAGGAUGAUGUUUUCUCCUUCAUUUGGAAUGGCUGCUCAAGAUGUGCUAGUAAUCCAACAUUCUUGAGGGGAGAGUUUCGAUGCAAAGAGGAAAAUGUUGUCUUCAUUCAUGGAACUUCUAAUUGGCGGUAUACCAGGGAAUUAAGCUAUGAACUGCCACCAAAUUUGAGGCCAUCCCAACCACCGUGUUCAUUGAAUUUCGAAUAACUUUUUUUUUUGUUGUUUUUUUUUGGAAACAAAAAUAAAGUUUAAAAACACAAAAGUC